AAUAGAUAUUAUUUGUAGAAAUGGUAGGUGUUCGGAUCAUGAGAAGUCCGUUGUUGCAAUUUCCGGUGCAUGUUCCCAAGACCGAGAAGACUUAUUGCAAGAAGUGCAAUAAGCACACUGAGCACAAAGUUACUCAGUACAAGGCUGGAAAGGCUUCUCUGAGACCUCAGGGCAAGCGUCGAUACGAUAUGAAGCAGAAGGGUUAUGGUGGUCAGACCAAGCCUAUCUUCCACAAGAAGGCUAAGCAGACCAAGAAGCUGGUGCUCCGUCUGGAGUGCAAGGAGUGCAAGAUGAGAGCUCAGAGACCUCUUAAGAGAUGCAAGACCCUUGAGAUUGGUGAGAAGAAGAACAAGGAUGCCCAGACCUAUUAAGCAGUUCUUUGCGUUUCCUAUGAAUAAAUCUCUUGAAAGAUU